UUUUUUCCUUAUUUUUCUCGUUUUCUUGUUCCGUUCUCGUCGAGUUUCAUCUCCUUCCUCGACAAUCGACAAUAACAGUACUUUCAAUUCUUCUACUUUCGCCGCCGGUCGAUCUCUGCAACAAGUUUCCGGCGAUUUCUUCAGUUCGUCUCAAGUGAUAGUGCAAAACCGAUUUAAAUUGUUAAAAGGAAUCUCUCUCUUUCUCUCUCUUGAGCCUCUUCAGAAGCAAUGGUUGAUUUAGAUGACUUGCUUUUGGAAGCUGCUGGGAGAACAAAUGCACCAGGAAGGAGCCGCCAUUCUCAUCCUCCAUCAUCAAGGAGACGUGAGGGUUCUUACUCUGAUGGUGGCAGUGAUUCAAGGGACGAUUCUGAUGAAGAACGUGGCUACGCAAGUAGGAAACCUUCAGGAUCUCAAGUGCCUUUGAAGAAGAGAUUAGAGGCAGAGAGAGAAGACCGUGCUGCUCGUGAUGAAGCCGGUUACGGUGAUGGCCCAUCUGAUCGUGAAGGUGACAGCAGCGAGGAAUCAGAUUUCGGUGAUGACCUUUACAAGAACGAGGAAGAUAGGCAAAAGCUUGCUGGAAUGACUGAGUUUCAGAGAGAGAUGAUUCUCGCUGAACGUGCUGAUAAGAAAGGUGAUAAGAACUUCACUGAGAAGCUUAGAUCGAAGAGGGAAAAAGAGAAGACCCCUGUUUCGAAAAAGGAGACACAGCCUCUUCCUGCCUCUCGUGGUGUGCGUUCAUCUGCGAGAUCUGCAGAUAGAGCAGCUGCGAAGGAUGAUGCUCUUAACGAGUUGAGAGCAAAGCGUAUGAAACAGCAAGAGCCUGCGUCUCUCAGGAAACUGAGAGAUGCAUCAAAAGGUGGUUCAGGUAGCAGGGAUUUCUCAUCGAUGAAGAGGAAACCGUUAGCUUCCUCAAAUUUGAGUAACUCAAGCCAAAGUGAUAGUGAUAGUAGGUCUCAGAGUGACGACGAAGGCUCCAAUGGAGGAAUGGUAGACAGUGAUGAUGACAGGUCAGAUGUGCCUACGUUUGAGGAUAUUAAGGAUAUUACUAUCAGGAGGUCUAAGCUUGCCAAAUGGCUAAUGGAGCCUUUCUUUGAAGAGCUUAUCGUUGGUUGCUUUGUGAGGGUCGGGAUAGGAAGGUCCAAGAAUGGGCCAAUCUAUAGACUCUGCAUGGUGAAGAAUGUAGAUGCAACCGAUCCAGACAAGACAUACAAGCUAGAGAACAAAACUACACACAAGUACCUUAACUGCAUAUGGGGACAUGAAAGCUCGGCUGCUCGAUGGCAAAUGGCAAUGAUCUCAGAUGGGUAUCCGUUGGAAGAAGAGUAUAGGCAAUGGAUCAGAGAGGUGGAGCGAACAAAUGGUCGCAUGCCCACAAAGCAAGAUAUAUCAGAGAAGAAGGAAGCGAUCAAAAGAAUAAACAGUUUUGUUUACUCGGCGGAAACCGUCAAGCAGAUGUUGCAGGAGAAGAAAUCUGCCUCGGUCAGGCCAAUGAAUAUUGCGGCCGAGAAAGAUCGGCUUAGAAAAGAGUUGGAAGUUGCACAGAUCAAAAACGAUGAAGCAGGUGUAGAGAGGAUCAAAGCAAAGAUCAAACAGCUAGAGGCAUCACGGGAAAAGAAAGAGGUAGAUAAAAAAGCGCUCAAGCUCGCCGAGAUGAACAAGAAGAACAGAGCCGAGAAUUUCAAGAACGCAUCCGAGGUGAAAUCAAUCACAGCUAGUCUCAAGGCCGGAGAAGCUGGAUACGAUCCGUUUUCAAGGAGAUGGACACGAUCAUCGAACUACUACAACGGGAAAAGGAAAGAAGGAGGAGAUACUGAAGCAACUGCUGCAGCAGCGGUUGAGACCAAUGGAGCAGCAGCAGGAGAGAACGGUGUAGAAGCUACAGAAGCAGCUUUAGAAGCGGCUGCAGACGCAGGGAAGCUUAUUGACACAAGAGCUCCAAUAGGUCAAGGCGCAGAACACAAUCUGCUUCAUAACUUCGAGUUGCCGUUGUCGCUGACGGCGUUGCAGAAGUAUGGAGGACCUCAAGGAGUACAGAAAGCGUUCAUGGCGAGGAAACAGGUGACAGAAGCAACAGUGGGAUGCAGAGUUGCUGAGAAUGAUGGUAAGAGACAUGGGCUUACGUUGACUGUUAGUGAUUACAAGAGAAGGAGAGGUCUUCUUUGAUUAUGAUGGGUUAUGUCUCAGAGUGUCAGUGUUUUCAUCAUCAUUCUUCUAAAGACUGCUCAUUGGUUCGUUUCUUGAUCUUUUUCGUUUGUACUCGAAAUGUUUAGAGCAAUUUGUUUUUCCUAAAUUAUUUUUGUAUUCGUUGUUUAUGUCAACUUUUCCUGAUUAGUAGUGUAUUGCCUUUCAUGAGAUUAAAAACCGAGUCUUAUGCAAGUCUUGAAUUUGAU